CGUGCGGGCGCCCCGCCCUCCCGUCCUUCUUAUAGAGCCGCUGAGGGGCCGCGCUCGGAGGAGGCGACAUGGCGGCGGCGCUGCUGCUGGCUCUGAGCUUCGCGCUCCUGGGCGGCCAAGGCGCCUGCGCGGCGGCGGGCACCGUCUCAACCUCCAUCAGCAAAGACGGCUCCAAGACACACUUCACGUGCACUCUGAACAGCAGUGCCGCCGUCGACAUCCUUGGCCACCGCUGGAUGAGAGGCGGCAAGGUACUGCAGGAGGACACGCUGCCUGACCUGCAGAUGCAGUACUCGGUGGACACAGACGACAGCGCUGGAGAGUAUUCCUGCAUCUUCCUUCCUGAGCCCGUGGGGAGGAGCAGCAUCUUGGUGGAAGGACCACCCCGGAUCAAGGUCGGGAAGAAGUCAGAGCAUUCCAGUGAGGGGGAGAACGUGAGACUGGUCUGCAAGUCUGACUCCCACCCUCCUGUCAUUCAGUGGACCUGGUUUAAGGCCUCUGACUCUGGGGACCAGGUGAUCACCAAUGGCUCUGAGAGCAAGUACCUCGUGAUAUCCACACCGGAGAGAUCUGAGCUGACCAUCAGCAACCUGGACAUAAAUAGCGACCCUGGCACCUACAUGUGUAACGCCACCAACUCCCAAGGCACUGUCCAGGAGAGGAUGACACUGCGUGUGCGAAGCCGUCUGGCCGCCCUCUGGCCCUUCCUGGGCAUCGUGGCUGAGGUCCUGGUGUUGGUCACUAUCAUCUUCAUUUAUGAGAAGCGACGGAAGCCCGACCAGUCCCUGGACGAGGAUGACCCUGGUGCUGCCCCACUGAAGGGCAGCGGGCAUCACCUGAACGACAAGGACAAGAACGUACGCCAGAGGAACGCCACCUGAAUGGUGGAGCAGGCGGGGUUGGGGACGCCUGACCGCAGCCCAGCUUCCACCUCCACUCCAUUCCCAUCUGU